GGACAAGGGUGGAGGGACGGCCACCAACUCCCACUUGCUUCCCAACAAGAGAAGAGAACGAGGAAAUUGGGUCAUGGAUAUUAUUUUAUUAUUAUUUGGACUUGACAGUCAUAGGUGUAGCCACUAUUUAUCUUCCUCUCCAACUAGUCUCCUUUUGUCCUUUGGGAUGUCUGAGAUUGAGAGAAAAUUUUGCACUUUUUGCACAUUUUGACAUUUAGAGUGUAGUCUUUAGUCGCAUUACUUUGUAAACUUUCUUCUUUAAUUAAAGCCCACGAGCUGUUUUUGCAUCUUUUAAUGCAAAAAAGUUCCUCCUUUACAAAAGCUUACUGAUAUAUAUAGAGAGUGACUAAGGUGUAAGGGAGUCCCUUUGAAGAGAAGAUUCAUUGGUCAAAAGCCCAAAGGUCUUAUCUUUACUUGCCCAUAUAUGUAACACGGUAACACCCUUUCAGUCUCUGCUAUGUUCAGACUCUGUUAGCUGCAAAUGAUGACUUCGUGGUUACUUCCUGGAACCUCUUGUUUACUCAAGUGCAUUGAGAGAAGUGGAGUUUUUGGAGUUUAAUUGAGAUGCGGUUUGAAGGGGGUGGAGACAGAAAAAUGUUGGGACAGAUAGUGACAACUGCACACAAGCGUUCAAAGAGCUUCCCAGAUAAGAAAAGAUUCGAGGAAGAUGGAGUAGAUAAAUCCUUUGAAGCAUCACACCGCGUAAAGCUGGAUAUGGGGCACUUGAAGAACUCUGUCAAAACCAAGAAGAAACAAUACCCUAAGACCGAAGUGCAGGUUUCUCUGAAGGAAGAGAUUCUACAGCUUGAGAAAAGAUUACAAGAUCAGUUUGAGGUCCGUCGCGUGCUAGAAAAAGCACUUGGUUAUAGGACUUCCUCCCAUGAUAAUGCUCCAGAAAUGUCAAUGCCCAAGCCAGCCACAGAAUUAAUAAAGGAAAUCGCAGUGUUAGAGUUGGAAGUUGUAUAUUUGGAGCAAUAUCUUCUUUCCUUGUACCGGAAAGCUUUUGAUCAACAAAUAUCCCCAGUUUCUUCAUCUGGCAAGCACGAAAGAUCAAAAUCACCUCUGACAACACCAAGAGGGAGAUUCUUGGAUGUUUCCAGACUUGAACCAAUGUCGAAGAGAGAAACUUUGGCUGUUCAAUCUGGUUGUUGGUCACAUGACAACCCAUGGAAGGAAUCCAGUGGUAUUGGAGGAGAAGAAAAUCUAUUAGAUUCUGGUGUUCAUCGCUGUCACUCUUCAUUAUCACAACGUUCAACAUUUCCAAAUAGAGCUACUCCAGAAGAGUCUUUAGGAAGAGCUGUACGUGCCUGCCAUUCCCAGCCAUUGUCCAUGAUGGAGUAUGCUCAGAAUGCAACAAAUAUAAUCAGUUUGGCUGAGCAUCUUGGAACACGCAUUUCUGAUCAUGUUCCGGAGACACCUAACAAGCUUUCUGAGGAUAUGAUCAAGUGCAUGUCUGCUAUAUAUUGCAAACUUUCAGACUCACCUUUGACACAUAAUGGCCUUUCAUCUCCCAAUUCAUCUUUGUCGUCAGUGAGCGCAUUUUCCCCUCAGGAUCAAUGUGAUGUGUGGAGUCCAGGGUUCAGGAAUAAUUCAUCAUUUGAUGUACGGCUGGAUAACCCUUUCCUUGUUGAAGGACUGAAAGAAUUUAGUGGACCAUACAGUACAAUGGUUGAAGUGCCAUGGAUUUAUAGAGAUAGUCAGAAGUUGGGAGAUGUUGAAUACUUGCUGCAAAAUUUCAGAUCACUUAUCUGUCAAUUGGAAGAGGUUGAUCCUAGGAAGCUGAAACAUGAGGAGAAGCUGGCUUUCUGGAUCAACAUACACAAUGCAUUAGUAAUGCAUGCAUAUCUGGCUUAUGGAAUUCCGCAAAACAAUGUGAAGAGACUUUUUGUGCUCUUGAAGGCUGCUUACAAUGUUGGGGGUUAUACAAUCAGUGCAGACACAAUACAGAAUUCUAUCCUUGGAUGCCGGAUGUCUCGUCCUGGACAGUGGCUUCGACUAUUGCUUCCAUCAAGGUCAAAAUUUAAGGCGGGAGACAAACGACAAGCAUAUGCAAUUGAGGAUCCAGAACCCCUUUUGCACUUCGCACUCUGUUCAGGAAGCCAUUCUGAUCCAGCGUUGCGUGUCUACACACCAAAGAGAGUAUUUCAAGAGCUUGAAGCUGCCAAAGAAGAGUAUGUCCGAGCUACCUUUGGUGUACGCAAGGACCAGAAAAUCCUACUUCCAAAGAUUGUGGAAUCCUUUGCAAAGGAUUCAGGUUUGUGUCAGGCUGGCGUUAUUGAAAUGAUCCAACAGAAUUUGCCUGAAUCUCUAAGGAAGUGUAUUAAGAAAAGUCAGCUUGGAAAACCUCGUAAGAGCAUUGAAUGGAUUCCCCAUAACUUCACUUUUCGGUAUCUGAUAUCUAAAGAGCUGGUAAGAUAAUCGCUUACUUGCAUGCAUCCAAAAUUUUCACCACCAGUUCAUUCACAUUGUUCUCAAGGUUUUUUAUAUUUUGAGAUUCUAUACUUUCCCUUGUACAAAGUAGAAGAUGAAAUAAAAAAAUUUGUUAGGAUAGAACAGUGUGCUCUUUUAUAUUGUAUAAUGUGAUUUCCAGUCUGCUAUGCUGUAUUGCGGAAGUAUUCAUGAUUUUUGUAAUGCUGGAAAAGAAUGAAAUUUUGUACCGAGCAUUGUACAUAGAUUUGGCCAA